CGGCGGCGGCGGCGGCGGCGGCAGCUGGCACUGCGGCGCCGAGGCGCGGCGGCAGGACGGGGACCCAGCAAGCGGCAGCCAGGUCUUGACUCCACUAACCGGAACUCCUCGUGUGACUUUGAGCUUGGACCUCGGCGCACAAGCAAAUGUAGCUCAGCAACUUGUAACGGAAAGCAUAUGGACAGGUCCACGCGACAUCAUUUAGGUGCUACGAGAUGCCGUUUGUGGAUCUCGUCUCCGUCUGAGAAUCGGGUGCUCCAGGCACCGAAGAGCCGACUCUGAUCCUGGGCUCCUUGCUUGAAUAAGCCUUCACUUCCAGCCGCUCCAGUCCAACGGCUGUGCAGACUGCUUGUUUUGCCUUGAUGAUGGGCAUUGGUAAGAACACCACGUCCAAGUCAAUGGAGGCUGGAAGUUCAACAGAAGGCAAAUACGAAGAUGAAGCGAAGCACCCCACUUUCUUUACUCUUCCGGUGGUGAUAAAUGGAGGUGCCACGUCCAGUGGUGAGCAGGACAAUGAAGACACUGAGCUCAUGGCGAUCUACACCACGGAAAAUGGCAUUGCAGAAAAGAGCUCCCUCGCGGAGACCCUGGAUAGCACUGGCAGUCUGGACCCCCAGAGAUCAGACAUGAUUUACACCAUAGAAGAUGUUCCUCCCUGGUACCUCUGUAUAUUUCUGGGGUUGCAGCACUACCUGACGUGCUUCAGCGGCACGAUCGCGGUGCCCUUCCUGCUGGCCGACGCCAUGUGUGUGGGGUACGACCAGUGGGCCACCAGCCAGCUCAUCGGGACCAUUUUCUUCUGCGUGGGGAUCACAACUUUGCUGCAGACGACGUUUGGAUGCAGGUUACCCCUGUUUCAGGCCAGUGCUUUUGCAUUUUUGGCCCCUGCUCGAGCCAUCCUGUCUUUAGAUAAAUGGAAAUGUAACACCACAGAUGUUUCAGUUGCCAAUGGAACAGCCGAACUGUUGCACACAGAACACAUCUGGUACCCCCGGAUCCGAGAGAUCCAGGGGGCCAUCAUCAUGUCCUCACUGAUAGAAGUGGUCAUCGGCCUCCUAGGCCUGCCUGGGGCUCUGCUGAAAUACAUCGGGCCCCUGACUAUCACGCCCACGGUGGCCCUCAUUGGCCUCUCUGGUUUCCAGGCAGCAGGAGAGAGGGCUGGCAAGCACUGGGGCAUCGCCAUGCUGACAAUUUUCCUAGUAUUACUGUUUUCUCAGUAUGCCAGAAAUGUUAAAUUUCCUCUCCCAAUUUAUAAAUCCAAGAAAGGGUGGACUGCAUACAAGUUACAGCUUUUCAAAAUGUUCCCUAUAAUCCUGGCCAUCCUGGUGUCCUGGCUGCUCUGCUUCAUCUUCACGGUGACAGACGUCUUCCCUCCCGACAGCGCAAAGUACGGCUUCUACGCUCGCACGGAUGCCAGGCAGGGCGUGCUUCUGGUGGCCCCGUGGUUCAAGGUUCCUUACCCUUUUCAGUGGGGACUGCCCACCGUGUCCGCGGCCGGCGUCAUCGGCAUGCUCAGCGCCGUGGUGGCCAGCAUCAUCGAGUCUAUUGGUGACUACUACGCCUGUGCGAGGCUGUCCUGUGCCCCUCCGCCUCCCAUCCACGCCAUCAACAGGGGGAUUUUCGUGGAGGGUCUCUCCUGUGUUCUCGAUGGCAUAUUUGGUACCGGGAAUGGCUCUACAUCAUCCAGUCCCAACAUUGGCGUUUUGGGAAUUACAAAGGUCGGCAGCCGCCGCGUGAUACAGUGCGGAGCAGCCCUCAUGCUUGCCCUGGGCAUGAUCGGCAAGUUCAGCGCCCUCUUUGCGUCUCUUCCGGAUCCUGUGCUCGGAGCCCUCUUCUGCACACUCUUCGGAAUGAUCACAGCUGUUGGCCUCUCUAACCUGCAGUUCAUUGAUUUAAAUUCUUCCCGGAACCUCUUCGUGCUCGGAUUUUCAAUCUUCUUUGGGCUCGUCCUUCCGAGUUACCUCAGACAGAACCCUCUUGUCACAGGGAUAACAGGAAUCGAUCAAGUAUUAAACGUCCUUCUCACAACUGCUAUGUUUGUGGGAGGCUGUGUGGCUUUUAUUUUGGAUAACACCAUCCCAGGUACCCCAGAGGAAAGAGGAAUUAGGAAGUGGAAGAAGGGCGUGGGCAAAGGGAACAAGUCACUGGAUGGCAUGGAAUCCUACAAUUUGCCGUUUGGCAUGAACAUUAUUAAGAAAUACAGAUGCUUCAGCUACUUGCCCAUCAGCCCCACCUUUGUGGGCUACACGUGGAAAGGGCUCAGGAAGAGCGACAGCAGCCGGGGCUCGGAUGAGGACUCGCAGGCUGCGGUAUAGCCCCAGCCGCGCCAGCCGCGGGGAGGCGCGUGCCCGUAGUUCCUGCUGGGUAACGAGAAGUGAAAUAUAUGUUUGUAUAUCUACAUUUACAUCCUUCACCCCAGAGCUAAGACAGAUUGCAAGUAGCUUUUCCGUUGUGGGUGGUGAUCGUGUCUAAUACGUGUCUCGCCUAUCUCCUUAUUUAAGCCCUUGACCCCUUGCCCUUUGAGAGUGUCCAUUGCUGGCCGUGGUCACUGAACUUGAAGUUCCAGCCCCCCCGUGGGAGUGGGUGUUUGAAAUCCGCAGUGAAUCCUUGUUUUCAGUCCCCUUCUGCCACCCCAUGCUGGCUUUCCUACAGGUUGCCUCUGGGAUCUCCGGGCCUUUUUGUCUCGGGAGCCCCUGGACCCACUUCCCGUUUGUUUGACCUCAGCCUGCACCUGCAGAGACCCCCUCUGACCAAGGGGCACCAGUGUCCUCGCAGUGUCAUGCCUGGCUCAUGUGAUUCUGCUGUCCCUGGUAACUCCUGUAGGAGGAGGCUGUUAUCCUGAGUGGAGACGGUGCUGUCGCUGCUCUGCGCCCAGGCCUGGGUGUGGGUCAGGUCUGUACAGAUGCUGUCGAGUGAAAAUCUAUUCCGGGGAUUGGAGCAGAAGGGAGAGGACCCUGAAGCCAAUGUCUGAUUCUCCACUGCUCCUUCUCCCACCGUCCUGGCCCCAGUUGGCCUCUAUUUACUUGUGGCCGAGACACUCUACCUGGCAUAUAUCACUCCUGGCUGGUGUGACAGGUAUAGAGUGCCACGCGAGGGCACCAAUCAGACAAGUUCACGGGAGUCUUGGCUCUGCCGUCAUGUGAUGCUGUUGUCGUGCGCGUCCAUAAGUUCAAGGUUUUAUUCCUAUUUAAUGUUACUGACUAUAGCAGAUUUUUGAAAUCAGUGUUUUUCCAUGUGACCCUCUUUCCUGGCACCCCUAUGACCUGUGUCCCCCACCCCCCCUGACUAAGAAGAGAACCAGCAUUUGUAAAGCUGUGGACACCGUCAAGGAAGCUUGUUGUAACGGCUUUUGGAGGCCAGUAACCAUUGUUGUGGUUGUGUUUUGUAUUGCUUGAUACCAUGAAAGUGUAAAUACUGUAAUGCCUAAUCUAUUUAUCAAAACUGACUACUGGACCAGAGCCCAGAAACGGUGG